CGGCAGCUCCUCUCCGAGCCCGGAGCGGCGGCAGCGCGGAGCGGACCCGCCUGGGACCAGCGAGGAGAGGCGGUUGCGGCGGGUUUUAAAAUUGUGAAAUCAUGGCUCAUUCAAAGACGAGAGCCAAUGAUGGGAAAAUCACAUAUCCUCCAGGGGUCAAAGAAAUCUCUGAUAAAAUAUCUAAAGAAGAGAUGGUGAGAAGGCUAAAGAUGGUUGUGAAAACUUUCAUGGAUAUGGACCAGGACUCUGAAGAAGAAAAGGAGCUGUACCUAAAUCUUGCUUUACACCUUGCUUCAGAUUUCUUCCUCAAGCAUCCUGAUAAAGACGUACGUUUGCUGGUAGCUUGUUGUCUUGCUGAUAUUUUCAGAAUUUAUGCCCCUGAAGCUCCAUACACUUCACCAGACAAACUAAAGGAUAUAUUUAUGUUCAUAACAAGGCAACUUAAGGGUUUGGAAGAUACAAAAAGCCCCCAGUUCAAUCGAUAUUUUUAUUUACUUGAGAACAUUGCUUGGGUGAAGUCUUAUAACAUAUGUUUUGAGUUAGAAGACAGCAAUGAGAUUUUCACACAACUGUACAGGACACUGUUUUCAGUAAUAAACAACGGACAUAACCAAAAAGUACAUAUGCACAUGGUUGAUCUAAUGAGCUCUAUCAUCUGUGAAGGAGAUACUGUGUCACAGGAACUUCUGGAUACAGUGUUAGUUAAUCUAGUGCCAGCACAUAAGAAUUUAAACAAACAAGCCUAUGAUUUGGCAAAGGCUUUGCUUAAGAGGACAGCACAAGCAAUUGAACCAUAUAUUACUAAUUUCUUCAAUCAAGUUCUGAUGCUUGGGAAAACAUCAAUUAGUGACCUGUCAGAGCAUGUGUUUGACUUGAUUCUGGAGUUAUACAAUAUUGACAGUCAUCUCUUGCUUUCUGUUCUACCCCAGCUUGAAUUCAAACUUAAGAGCAAUGACAAUGAAGAACGCCUGCAGGUUGUAAAACUUCUAGCAAAAAUGUUUGGGGCAAAGGAUUCAGAAUUGGCAUCUCAGAACAAACCCCUCUGGCAGUGCUACUUGGGGAGGUUUAAUGAUAUCCAUGUACCUAUUCGUCUUGAAUGUGUGAAAUUUGCAAGUCACUGCCUUAUGAACCAUCCCGACCUAGCAAAAGACUUAACAGAAUACCUUAAAGUAAGGUCCCACGAUCCUGAAGAGGCGAUAAGGCAUGAUGUUAUCGUAUCCAUAGUUACUGCUGCUAAAAAAGAUCUUCUGCUUGUCAAUGAUCACCUGCUUAAUUUUGUCAGAGAACGAACGCUGGACAAGCGGUGGAGAGUGAGGAAAGAAGCUAUGAUGGGACUUGCACAGAUAUAUAAGAAAUAUUCAUUACAGUCAGAAGCAGGAAAAGAAGCUGCAAAACAGAUAUCAUGGAUCAAAGAUAAACUUCUGCAUAUAUAUUAUCAAAACAGUAUUGAUGACCGAUUACUUGUUGAACGCAUCUUUGCUCAGUACAUGGUCCCUCACAACUUGGAAACAAAUGAACGAAUGAAAUGUUUGUAUUACCUUUACGCAACACUGGAUUCAAAUGCUGUGAAAGCAUUGAAUGAAAUGUGGAAAUGUCAGAAUCUGCUACGACAUCAAGUAAAAGAUUUGGUUGACCUAAUAAAACAACCAAAAACAGAUGCCAGCAGUAAAGCUAUAUUCUCAAAAGUGAUGGUAAUAACAAGAAACCUUCCUGAUCCAGGGAAAGCUCAAGAUUUCAUGAAGAAAUUCACACAAGUUCUAGAAGAUGAUGAAAAAAUAAGAAGUCAAUUAGAAAUGCUUGUUAGCCCAACAUGUUCAUGCAAACAGGCUGAGGGAUGUGUGAGGGAAAUUACAAAGAAGUUGGGCAACCCAAAACAACCAACAAAUCCUUUCCUGGAGAUGAUUAAGUUUCUUCUUGAGAGAAUUGCUCCUGUGCACAUUGAUACUGAAUCCAUCAGUGCCCUUAUCAAGCAAGUAAACAAAUCUAUAGAUGGAACAGCUGAUGAUGAAGAUGAGGGUGUGCCUACUGACCAGGCAAUCAGAGCAGGUCUUGAGUUGCUUAAGGUACUUUCAUUUACACAUCCUAUCUCAUUUCAUUCAGCUGAAACUUUUGAAUCUCUUCUGGCUUGCUUGAAAAUGGAUGAUGAAAAAGUGGCAGAAGCUGCAUUACAAAUUUUCAAAAAUACUGGAAGUAAAAUUGAAGAAGACUUUCCUCAUAUAAGAUCUGCUUUGCUUCCAGUGUUGCAUCAUAAAGCCAAAAAAGGACCUCCUCGUCAAGCCAAGUAUGCUAUUCACUGCAUCAAUGCAAUAUUUUCUAGCAAAGAAACACAGUUUGCACAGAUAUUUGAGCCACUUCAUAAAAGUCUGGAUCCAAGCAAUUUUGAGCAUCUCAUUACACCACUGGUUACUAUUGGCCAUAUAGCCAUGCUCGCACCUGAUCAGUUUGCUGCCCCUUUGAAAUCUUUAGUUGCCACUUUUAUUGUUAAAGACUUGCUAAUGAAUGACAGGCUUCCAGGAAAAAAGACAACAAAACUUUGGGUCCCAGAUGAAGAAGUGUCUCCUGAAACACUUGUUAAAAUUCAGGCCAUCAAGAUGAUGGUUCGAUGGUUGCUAGGAAUGAAGAACAACCACAGUAAAUCAGGAACUUCUACUCUAAGGUUGCUAACAACAAUAUUACACAGUGAUGGAGAUUUGACAGAGCAGGGGAAAAUUAGUAAACCUGAUAUGUCUCGAUUGAGGUUGGCUGCAGGUAGUGCUAUUGUGAAGCUGGCACAAGAACCCUGUUACCAUGAAAUCAUCACCUUGGAACAGUACCAGCUGUGUGCACUAGCCAUAAAUGAUGAAUGUUACCAAGUGAGGCAAAUAUUUGCUCAGAAACUUCACAAAGGGCUUUCUAGACUACGGCUGCCACUAGAAUAUAUGGCUAUUUGUGCACUGUGUGCAAAAGAUCCAGUGAAAGAGAGAAGAGCUCACGCUAGGCAGUGCCUUGUGAAGAACAUAAAUGUCAGAAGGGAGUACCUGAAGCAACAUGCAGCAGUUAGUGAGAAACUGUUGUCGCUUCUACCAGAGUAUGUUGUUCCUUAUACAAUACAUCUUCUAGCUCAUGACCCAGAUUAUGUCAAAGUCCAGGACAUCGAACAACUAAAGGACAUUAAAGAGUGUUUGUGGUUCAUACUGGAAAUAUUGAUGGCUAAAAAUGAGAACAACAGUCAUGCAUUUAUCAGAAAAAUGGUAGAAAAUAUUAAGCAGACUAAAGAUGCUCAAGGACCGGAUGAUGCAAAAAUGAAUGAAAAACUCUACACAGUCUGUGAUGUAGCAAUGAAUAUCAUUAUGUCAAAGAGUACAACAUACAGUUUGGAAUCCCCUAAAGAUCCUGUACUUCCAGCACGAUAUUUUACUCAACCUGACAAGAAUUUUAGUAACACCAAAAAUUAUCUUCCUCCAGAAAUGAAGUCAUUUUUCACUCCUGGAAAGCCCAAAGCAGCCAAUGUUCUUGGAGCGGUUAACAAGCCUCUUUCGUCAGCAGGCAAGCAGUCUCAAUCCAAAUCUUCUCGAAUGGAAACUGUAAGCAAUGCCAGCAGCAGUUCAAAUCCAAGCUCUCCAGGAAGGAUCAAAGGGAGGCUUGAUAGUACUGAAAUGGACCACAGUGAAAAUGAAGACUUCACACUGAGUUCACCAUUACCAGGGAAGAAAACUGACAAAAGGGACGACUCUGAUCUUGUAAGGUCAGAGCUUGAGAAGCCUAGAGGAAGAAAGAAACCAGCUAUCACAGACUCAGAAGAGAAGCUAAGCAUAGAUGACCUAAAUAAACUGGGACAAGAGCAGAAGCUAAGAGGCAGUCAGCGGGGACGGAAGAGACCUGCAGUUGUUUCAGAGUCUGAUGAAACACAAUGGCAAGAGGAAAAAAGGCUAAAAGAAGAUGUAAUAGAAAGUGAGGAUGAACAGAACAGUCCGCCAAAGAAAGGGAGAAGAGGACGCCCUCCCAAACCAAAUAAUGGGGGAACACCAAAGGAAGAACCAGUAGCAAAGUCAUCAAAAAGGAGCAAAAAAAAACAAACGUCAGCAGCAGCAGUAGAGGAGGAGGAAGAGGAAGAAGAAAGGCAAACUGAAAACAUUGAACAAAAGCCAAAAGGCAGGCAAAACAGGUCGACAAAAAGAGCACAGCAGAGAGCAGAACCAUCUGAAUCUAGUACAGUUGAAUCAGCACAGUCUACGCCACAGAACAGACGAGGAAGGUCAUCAAAAACACCACCAUCACAGCAAAAAAAAGUCCGUGCGGGACGUUCCAAACAAGCAGCUAGUAAGGAGAAUGAAUCCAGUGAAGAGAUGGAUGUAUUUCAGAGUAGUUCACCUGUCAGUGAUGAUGUUCCCCAGGAAGAAGUAAUGGAAGAAGAGGAAGUUUCCACAAUCAAUGUGCGUCGCAGAACUUCCAAAAGGGAAAGGCGAUGAGUGAGCAUGUAGUUGUCAGCCUUCCAGAUAGCAGCAUCAUAUCUACGUAUGAAGGAAAGAAGGCCUCUCACGUGCUCGUUUCCAGUCCUGCAGAUGGGUAUUUCAGUACUCAUGUGAUAAGUUUGGAAUUAAUUUUAACAUAGAUUCUUUGGAGGAUGGCUGAUGUCUCAUGCAGUGAUUUAUUUGCCUAGCUGUGCUUCUGAUGCCUCGCAUACAUGGAUACAAAGGAACAUGGUAUUUUGAAAAUCAAAGCAGUAUUAUUGAAUACAUUUCCUGCUUACUCAGCAGUAAUUUUAUUGGAAAUAAACAAACUGUUUGCAUGUCACAACUUUGUUACUUAUUUCUGAACAGAUCCAGAGAACUGAAGGUUAAAGAUUUUGUUAAGGUUCUGGAAGACUUAGUGUUCUUGAAUUUUUAUUUUCUUUGGAUAGGAGACAAUCGCUCAGAUUACAAGACAUUGAAAAGGUGAACUUGGUAACAGUCUUAUUAGUAGUAAUUUCUGUUAUAACACGAAGGAAUGUGUUAGUAUGAAACAUUCUUCCACUAAGAACCUUUUCUUUAAAACAUCGAAAAGAGAGAAUGCCAUACUGCUUUCUCCUAAAGUCAUGACAAUUGAAGUACUCUGAUGGGAGCAGCUUUGGUUGUUUUUUUUUUAUAUUUGACAUAUAUUUCAAGCUUACAGGUUUCUGUGCUUCCUGUAGUGCAUUUAUAUUCAGCACAAUUCUUGUAAACUAAAGAUAUUUUGAAGAAGAGAAGAGUUUUUAAUCCAUGCUUAAUAAAAAAAAAAAAAUCAAGGUGUUAAUUUUAAAUAGUGAGUUUUAUUUUUUUAUAGCCAUAUCUACAGAUGUAAUAAUAUAUUACAUGAAUCUGAUGUACCCCAACAUUUCUCUGGAGCCUUCAGCCUACCAUGUACUGAAAGGUACUGAAAACCGCCUUUGUAUUUUCCUGGAAAGGCAGUUGCUGUUGUCCUUCUCUAAACGUUACUUCAGAAAGUAAGAGCUGGGAGAAUGAUGGUUGUUCUGUUUACCUUCUGUUUAUCUGCUGCUAUAUUCUAUGUGACAUAGGUGAAUGAAAAACAAUGGUGAGUGGAGGUGUGCCGAAUGAAAAAUAGGAUGUUAGAAAUGAGUUAUUAAUUUGGCACAGAGAUGAGUGAAGGGUAGGGAAUCAGCAGAUGAUACUGAGUAGCUACUUUCCCAUCACAUUAGGUGAGCAGUGGUAGGAGUCUUUUAUUCAAAAUAAAAUCCUACAUGAGGGAAAGGAAGUUAGUGGGUUUUUUUAUUUUUGUUGUGUUGGAUUUUUUGUUUGUUUGUUUAACAGUUCUGCUCUCUUAAAAAAAAAAAUAAAUAAAUAACAGGGGAUAUGUUGCUUUCUUUGGUUUGGAGGAAGAGGUUGCAAUGCUGAAACACACGUAAAAGAAUUGAGGCUAGUGCCCAAGUAGUGGAAAGUGGGGCUGAUAGCUACUAGAGACCAAAUUUCAAUUGUAAAAGAAGUAGAAUAAUUAUGAACAGAAGGGAUUCUAACCUCUAUAGAUACAAAUGGAUGAUAUGUUACCUUACAUCUGAAUGCAGCACUGAAAAGUAAGAUGGGUCAAGACAAGCAGUUUAGAAACAGGAACUCUAAGAGCUGCCUAAUAGUGCACCUGUAAACGCUUCAGCUGCAGAUAGCAAUAAUCAGUAAUGGUGUUCCACACACCGCCUCUCACUAAAUCUUUCAUCUUGGGCUGUUCUCUUCACAGCUUUAUGCGAAACUUCAAUGACCCAAUCUUCUGUAGUCAUCUUAGCAGCUUCUUUACAUUUAUCUCAUGUAUAUAAUGCCUUCUCCUAAGAGAUGUCAUAGCCCAUCAUUGCUACUUCAGACCCCCAACAAGCUGGGGGUCUGAAGCUGUCUUUCUUCUUUGAGACAUCAUCUGGUCACUGGUUGUGAACCAGCUGUAGAUGUCAUGCUGCUUGUUUCACAGAUGUCAAAUUGUGAAACAAAAGCAUCCACCAGAUUACUACCCAACUGCAUCAUACACUGGAAAAUGUGCACGCAAGUUCUGUAGCUCUGGUGAAGCAAGCUGUACCUGGGGUAAUCAUACUUCAGAGCUGUGAAAUUGUUUUCCAAUAUCUGACCAGCAUUAUCCAAAGGAAGGUCAGGUAAGGGCUACGUAAGUAGCUAAGUCGGGUUUAUAUUCUGUUUUGUAUGAGGACGUAUAGGAAGUAAUGCCUCCUAUUUCAUUAUGUUGGGCCAUGAUUGCAGAGGAGGAUGUUGGUGGUAUUGCAAUAGAGGUUCA